CAAACAUAAUAGGCAACACUGGAGACAAUUUCACAGACCUGCAGCCAAUCUGGGACAGCUGCUGGUCGGUGCACGCCCCCUCGCUCAGGAGGAAGACCAUGUGUGGCACCCUGGACUACCUGCCUCCCGAGAUGAUCGAAGGCAAAUCCCACGACGAGAAGGUCGACGUCUGGUGCAUCGGAAUCCUCUGUUACGAAUUCCUGGUGGGGCACCCGCCUUUCGAGAGUCCCUCUCACUCCGAGACGUACCGUCGCAUUGUAGCGGUGGAUCUCAAGUUCCCAACGUUUGUGUCGGAAGGGGCCCGGGAUUUGAUCUCCAAGUUGUUGCGCCGGAUCCCCAACGAACGGCUCUCGCUGCGGGCCGUGAAGGAACACCCCUGGGUGACAGCCAACUCUCGGCGGGUGCUGCCACCAGCCUUCGGUUCUGCAGCUUCGAACUAGCAGUACACAGACUCGUGAGGGGACCCUGGAUACAACGGAGGGACUGGAGUUCCUGUAUGAAACGUCCUCUGCUCUCCACAGUUGUCGCUGGAAGCUGAGAGGGCUGUAAAUGUGUGUUUCUUUUGCCUUCUCGGGGCUAGGUUUUGAGGCCCUGAACCACCACCUCAGCCUACCGCCCUUCUCAGCGUACCUGGGAACUGAUGGUGAAAUUCCCCUGCCUGGCCACGCCUGGCCACGAACCCUUCAGUUCUCUUUUAAAAGCAACUUUUAGCUGGGCCCGUUCUGAAACA